AUGACGAAUAUCAGAGGAAGAGAAAAACCUUCGAUCACCACUCAUCCACAAGGAGAUACCGUAAGAGAAGGAGAAAACGUGACUUUAUCUUGUAACGCUACUGGAAAUCCAGUACCAACAAUAUCAUGGACCAGAGAUGCAUCUCCUGUAGAUACAAGAAACAACAUUUCCAGGAUCAGUAUUUCAGAUGACAAAAAGCAGUUGACAAUAACGAAUGUUAAGAGGACAGACAGCGGGAAAUACCAAUGUGUGGCAGAAAACAGGGUUGGAAGUGAUACCUCAGAUGCCGCUACGUUGGAUGUGCAGUAUCCACCUGAGAUUACUGUUCAUCCAAACUCUGAACCAAAAACAGAAGGAGGCAACCUGACCUUAUCUUGUGACGCUGUCGGAAAUCCAGUACCAACAAUAUCAUGGACCAAAGAUGGAUCUCCUGUUGAUACAAGCGGGAGGAUCAGUUUUUCAGAAGACAAAAAACAGUUGACAAUAACGAAUAUGAACAGGACAGACAGCGGAGUAUACCUAUGUAUGGCGAAUAACAACCUUGGAAAUGAGACUUCCAAUGUUACUACAUUGGAUGUACAGUUUUGCUGUUGUUUAUCUACAGAUCCGCCUGAGUUCACUGCUUAUUCACAGAAUGUUACAAAACCAGAGGGCGAUAACGUCACUUUAUCAUGUAACGCUACUGGAAAUCCGGCACCAGCAAUAUCGUGGUUCAUAAAUGGAUCUCCUAUAGAUACAACUAUUAACAAUUCCAGGAUCAGUUUUUCAGGAAACCAAAAACAUUUGACAAUAACCAAUCUAAGCAGGACAGACAGCGGAAAAUACCGAUGUAAGGCGAACAACAGUCUUGGAAAUGGUACAUAUGUUGCUAGACUGGAUGUCCUAUCACCUUUAGUGAGACCUCCUUUAGCCUCUAGUGCUCUAGCUUAUCGCCCUGAAGGGAGGUGCGUAGUGAGUUUUGAUAGGGCACAUUGUUGUUUCUCAUCAGCGAGUGCGACCCCAGCCUUUACUGAAGAACCUCGUGACCAAUCUCCUGAGGAAGGUAACAACAUUACUCUGGAAUGGAGGUACAACUUUAGAGGGGGAUCAUUUCGUCAGCUUAUCUUUGGAAAUAGAGACAUAUCCCUCAUAGUAGAGAAGACCGCCUCUGACCAACGGCCGUUUAUAGCUCCUGCAUUCAGUGGUCGUUUACUAGCGAAUAUAACAGAAACAUAUACAUCGAUCACGUUCCUCGGAGUGAAUAGGACAGACAGUGAAACCUACACGUUGACCUUAGUUGGCAGUUCCAGAGAAUCUACUGACAGUAAAGUGGAGAUUUUAGUAAAUUAUCCACCUAAGAUUGCUGUUCAUCCAGGCACUGAAACAAAAAUUGAAGGGGGAAACGUGGAAUUAUCUUGCGACGCUGUUGGAAAACCAGACCCGACACUAUCAUGGACCAGAAAUGGAUCUCCCAUAAGGACAAGUGAUGAUUCCAGCAUCAGUAUUUCAUCAAACAACAAACAGUUGACAAUAACGAAUGUGAAAAGGACAGACAGCGGAGAAUACCGAUGUGUGGCGAGUAACAGCCUUGCAAAUACUUCCUCCAAUGCUGCUUUACUUGAUGUACAAUAUCAGCCUGAGUUCACUGCUCAUUCACAGAAUGUUACAAAACCUGAAGGCGAUAACGUUACUUUAUCUUGUAACGCUACUGGAAAUCCGGCACCAGCAAUAUCAUGGUUCAUAAAUGGAUCUCCUAUGGAUACAACUAUUAACAAUUCCAGGAUCAGUAUUUCAAAAAACCAAAAUCAUUUGACAAUAAGCAAUCUAAGCAGGACAGACAGCGGAAAAUACCGAUGUAAGGCGAACAACAAACUUGGAAAUGCUACAUCUGAUGUUACUACACUGGAUGUCCAAUAUAAACCCGAGAUCACUAUUCAUCCAAAGAAAGAAACAAAACUGGAAGGAGAUAACGUGACUUUCAGUUGUAAGGUUGAUGGAAAUCCAGUACCGACAAUAUCAUGGACUACAGAUGGAUCUCCUUUAGACACAAAUGACAAUUUCACCAGGAUCAGUUUGUCACUUGACAAAAAGCAGUUAACUAUAACGAAUGUGAGCAGGACAGACAGCGGAGAAUAUCGAUGCGUGGCGAGCAACAUCCUUGGUAAUGAAACCUCCAGUGCUGCUUUAUUGGACGUACAAUAUCAUCCUAAGAUCACUGUACAUCCUGUAAGAGACACAAAAACAGAAGGCGAUAACCUGACUUUAUCUUGUAACGUGACGGGAAAUCCAGUACCAACAAUAUCAUGGACCAGAGAUAGAUCUCUUAUAGAUACAAACGUCAACUCCAGGAUCAGUUUUUCGGCAGACAAGAAGCAGUUGACAAUAAUGAAUGUGAACAGGAGAGACAGCGGAGAAUAUCGAUGUGUGGCGAGGAACAGCCUCGGAAACGAUACCUCCAAUGUUUCUUCUGUGGACAUCCAAGAUAAACCUGAGAUCACUGCCCAUCCUCAGGGUGCUGAAAAAACAGAAGGAGAUAACGUGACGUUAUCUUGUAACGCUACUGCAAAUCCAAUAGCAACAAUAUCAUGGACCAGAGAUGGAUCUCCUAUAAAUACAACUAUCAAUUCCAGGAUCAGUUUUUCAGAAGACAAAAAGAAGUUUACUAUAAUAAAUGUGAACAGGACAGACAGCGGAGAAUACCGAUGUGUGGCGAGCAACGAACUUGGAAAUCAUACAUCCGAUGCUGCUAACUUGGACAUACAAUAUGCACCUACGAUCACUGCACAUCUUCAGAAUUACACGAAAACAGAAGGAAGUACCGUGAUUUUCUCUUGCAACGCUAUUGGAAAUCCAGUACCAACAAUAUCGUGGACCAGAAAUGGAUCUCCUGUAAAUAAAACUAUCAAUUCCAGGAUCAGUUUUUUAGAAGACAAAAAGCAGUUAAAAAUAACGGACGUGAACAGGACAGACAGCGGAGAAUACCGAUGUGUCGCGAGGAACAGUUUUGGAAACGAUACAUCCAAUGUUGCUACACUGGAUGUUCAAUAUAAACCUGAGAUUACUGCCCAUCCACUGACUGAAACGAAAACGGAAGGAGAUAACGUGACAUUCAGUUGUGACGCCGUUGGAAAUCCAGUACCAACAAUAUCAUGGACCAGAAAUGGAUCUCCUGUAGAUACAAGUGACAAUUUUUCCAGGAUAGGUUUUUCAGUGGACAAAAAGGAGUUGACAAUAACGAGUGUGAGCAGGACAGACAGCGGAGAAUACCGAUGUGUGGCGGAAAACAGUGUUGGAAAUGAGACUUCUAAUGCUGUCAAGUUAGAUGUGCAACAUCAUCCUGAGAUCACUGCUCGUCCUCAAGUUAAGACAACCACGGAAGGAGAUAACGUGACUUUAUCUUGUAACACUACUGGCAAUCCAGUACCGACAAUAUCAUGGACUAUAAAUGGAACUCCGGUAGAUAGAAGGGACAAUCCCAGGAUCAGUUUUUCAGAAAGAAAACAGCAAUUGAUUAUUACGAAUGUGAGCAGGACAGACAGCGGAGAAUAUCGAUGCGCGGCGAGCAACAGUCUUGGAAAUGAUACCUCCAAUACUACUUCACUGGACGUUCAAUGUAAGUGGAGAAUGUUGUUUUAAUUGCACGACAUCGAAGAGGCUGGAUAACUGUCGCCUGUUCUUCCCUUCUGGGUUUUUGGGCAGAAUGUACUACUGUUUAAUGAAACACUCAAAGAUAAGCCAGGACUAGCAAAUCUUUGAUCGUAGCUCAGAUAAGUUGAUUUUCAAUUGAGAGUCGUAAAACCAAAUCCAAACAAGUCAC